AGCCGUGACUAGCGGUUGACAAUCCUAGUACGACUUGCUCGCCCUUGCGCGAUAACCGCUUGGUCGUAGUAGUACUUACCUUCCUUCUCUCUUCACCUCCAUUCCAUUGUCUGAAACAUACAUACCCAUAUGGACAAUUGCCUUCUCCAUUGCUCUCAACUAAACAAUCUCUCUUUUCUGCUGUUUCAGCUGCUGCUCUGCAAACUAAACAAUAUAAAAAACUGGACUCCCAAACAGAAUAAUGUCUUCACGCUGCAACUUAUGCAGCACACGACUUAAAAAACUUUAUUUUAUCGCUGUCUCUGUCUCUGCUGCUUUAUCAGCUCUUGUUAUUUUAAUCUGAAAAAUCUCCUUUGAAAUUGCGCUCUACAUGUCCCCAAAACAGUGGGUUGGGCCAAUUGUAUGCGCAAACAAAAAGGCCUGGUCUUUGGGGUUUGGUCAAAUAUAUGUGACUGGAAGUGUUAUUCUAUUAUUUUUUCUCUUGCAUCAAGAAAAGGAAAGAUUAGAGAGGAGGAGCAGGGGCUCAGUGCUUUUCUUCUUUCUAGUGCACCCAGACAGUCAGUUGUGGGUCUGCCUCAUCUCUGCCUCUGCCUCUGCCUCUGACCUACUAUCUUCGCAGUCCUGUAACCAUCACGCCUUUGUCAUCGUGUGCUUUCUUCUCUUCUGGACUGGCUGAAAAGAGUAAGGAGUGGGGAAACUUCAAUCAUUUUUCUUAUUUCCUCCGACCCAUGUACUCUGUUGUGUCUGAAGGCUGAACAAGAAUCAAAUAUUUCUCGAGUCUUCAGAUCCUCAGGGGCCUGGAAUAGUGAUUCUCUCCCCUCUGCACGUUUCCCGAGGUACCCAAAUGGUGUUUUGUAUGACCUACUAAUCAGGUACCUUUUUCUUAAAAACGCAUCGUUAAGAGAUUCAAUAAACAGGGAACACCCAAAUUCCUCAACGAUCUAAGUUUUAGCAAGAGUGGAGUUAAAACAAAAUAAAAUGGUUGGCUCAGACAAAGCUAAAGAGGCUCUGGCCAUGAUGGCAUUGCACGAAGCACUCAGAAACGUGUGUGUUAACUCAGAAUGGACUUAUUCUGUAUUUUGGACUAUACGCCCCAGACCGAGAUCCAGAGGCGGAACUGGAUGCAAAGUAGGAGAGGAGAACGGUAGCUUAAUGCUGAUGUGGGAAGACGGAUACUGUCGGUCCUCCAAGGCAAGUGUAAACAGGGUGCCUGGUCUGUUCAAUGGCAAUGGCAUGGACAAAAUGGUGAAAUCUUCGAGCUUCGACUGUUUAGAGGAGCUGGACGCGGAUGACCCAGUUAGAAAAGCGUUCAGAAAAAUGUCAAUUCAACUCUACAAUUAUGGAGAAGGAUUGAUGGGUAAAGUUGCGUCGGAUAAGUGCCACAAAUGGGUGUUCAAAGAACCAACAGAGUGUGAAACAGGAAUUUCCAAUUAUUGGCAGAGCUCUUUUGAUGCGCACCCUCCCGAAUGGACGGAUCAGUUUAACUGUGGAAUACAGACUAUAGCUGUUAUUCAAGCUGGUCACGGUCUUCUACAGCUGGGAUCUUGCAAAAUUAUUCCCGAAGAUCUGCACUUUGUGUUGAGGAUGCGGCACACAUUCGAAUCCCUGGGCUACCAAUCGGGGUUUUAUCUAUCACAGCUAUUUGCAGGUGGAAGAAAUCAAGGGAGUGGAAAUAAAGCAAACAUUUCCCCACGGCCCCCUGUUUUCAAUUGGAGCGCAAGGCCAUUGUCUAGUUUUGGAAGUCCUAGGCAGCAACCUCUAGGCCUUAAUAAUUCCAAGGAUGGAUCUCAAUAUUUACUGAACAAGAAUAGUGCGGAAUCCAUGAUGACCCAGAACCACCACCAAGCGUUGGGGUCAGGUGACAUUAUGAGCAAUCAGGAAGGUGGGCCUGCAGAAAUAAAGUGGCCCACCGGUCUAUCAUAUUUUAGUGCUCUCACAGGCAGAGCAGAUGACAAACACCUCUUUUUCAGCCCUGACAACUUUCCCGAUCCUUCAACCGAGUUGGAGUUGCCGAGGAUGGCAACUGCAAGCAAAACUCUACAACCACAAGCAUUUCUUGGGCGGAGUACACAGCCUCCAUCAUCAUCGUCAUCAUCAUCAUCCUCAUCAUCCUCUGCCAUGAAUGCUAGCAAAAGCAACAGCAGCUCUGAAGCAGUGGAUCUGCAAAUGCAUAAUGAGAAUCAUGCUCUCCAUUUUGAUGGCAGUGCAUCGGAGUAUCUGAGCUUGGAAUCAGGGGAUCAUAGCAAUUCCUUCAAUCUUCCUCGUAAAAUGCAUCCAGUUUCUCGAUUGGAUAAGUUCAAGAGGAGCCUCACAAUGCCAGCCAGAAUGCCUUCCCCUCCUCAACUUCACCAGGAUCAAUCUGACCAGCACCCUUGCACUAUGGAUUACACUGCCACCAGGCAUCCUGAAGUGGGUAGCAUUUAUUCUGAUCUCAUGGGAACUUUCUUGGAAUAAUUCGUUUCAUUGCCAAGCCCUUCAAGUUUGGGGCUUUGGUUAAGGACUGGCACCACAGGUUGUCGAAUCUAGAUUUCAUCCCAUUCAGGCAUUUACAACUUGCAAGCUUUUUAUUUGAGGAGAGAUAAGAAAUUGUGUAUAUAGUCUUGAUAAGAUUACUGACCUGAAUGUGCUUUACACGCACCAACCCAUCCAUGGAUGAUUAGAGUGGAUUGAAAAUAGAUGAGGCAGAUUAUCAUGUGCAGACCAGUGGAGAUUUAUUUCUUGUUAGAUAGCAAUUCAAUUUAAGGACUUCAUUAUUUUGAAUCAAGUUUACAAGUAAUGGUGGCAGGAAGUCACCAAUGUGACUAGAACCUGUGCCGAAGUAUUAUGUCAUGGAUGUGUGACUAGUGUCCUCAUUAUAUCUUUCUGACUUGGGUUUUUUUCAGACAUUUUCUCUCUAAUUGUGUAAUAUUAAUUAAUAAUCAAGAUCUGCAUUGAAAAAUACAUCUGUUCACAAUUAUUAUUCAACUAGUAAAUAAUCCCUCAAAUAAAUGAAAGCUUGGGGUUUAUUUUUA